AUGAGUAAUCAUACAUCUGUGUCCACAUUUGUGCUGCUGACAUUUUCAGACAUCCAGGAACUUCAAAUCUUAUACUUUUUUGUUUUCUUUGCCUUGUAUUUGAUGGCAUUUGCAGGGAAUCUUCUCAUCAUCACUACAGUUGCCCUUGAUCACCACCUGCACACCCCCAUGUACUUCUUCCUGAUGAAUUUGGCCAUGCUGGACAUUGGAACAGUUUCCGUCAUGGUACCCAAAACUAUGGCUAUGUCCCUCAUGAAUGACAGGUCAAUUUCCUAUUCAGGAUGUGUUGCUCAAGUGUUCUUUUAUUUCUUCUUUGCUGCAUCAGAUCUUGCCAUCCUAACUAUAAUGGCACAAGAUCGCCGUAUUGCAACCUGCUUUCCGCUUCAGUAUGAGAGAAUUAUGUUCAAGGAAGCCUGCCUUCAGAUGGUAGCCAUUGGGUUGUGUUUUAGUCUUCUUUAUGCCAUUUUACACACUAGUGGCACCUUUGCAAUCACCUUCUGCUCCAAUGUUGUCCACCAGUUCUUCUGUGAAAUCCCACAGUUAUUAAAGCUCUCCUGUUCAGACAUCUACCUAGUUGAAGUUGGGUUUCUCAUACUAAGCUGUAGUAUAGCACUAGGGUGCUUUAUCUUCAUUGUCAUAACAUAUGUGCAGAUCUUUUCUGCUGUGCUCAGAGUCCCCUCUGUUCAUAGUCAGAAGAAAGCCCUCUCCACCUGUGUUCCCCACCUCACUGUUGUCUCUUUGCUCAUCUUCAGUGGAGUCUUUUCUCAUGCAAGGCCUCCAAGUGAUGCCUUUUCUGACCUGGAUAUAACUUUUGCUGUGAUAUAUGUUAUAAUGCCUCCCUUGUUGAAUCCAUUCAUCUAUAGUGUAAGAAACAAGGAGAUCAAGACCGCUCUGUGUAAGCUGUUUCAAUCAGGGUCUUGA